ACAACACAACGCGGAACACUCCUUCCAUCCUUCCUCAUCACGCGCCUUUCCUUCCUUCUUCUCUUCCUCCUAAAUCCUCCUCCUCCUGCCUCCGCUUGCCAAGUUUCCCGGCGAUCCAAGGCCGCGUCGGAGCCGGCCUGGGUUAGGCGAGGGGCGAGGCGAUCCAUCGACCGACCUUGUUUGUCGCGGAUAUAUAUAAUGGACGCCGCCGCCGCCGCCGACGAGCCGCCAGAGGAGCAGCACUCGCCCGACUCCAUCCGCCUCCGCCGAGAGUAGCUAGCGAGCUAGGGUUUUUUAAAGGGCGCGGCGCAUGGGGUGCACCACCUCGCACGACGCCUUCGCGGCCGCGGCGUCCAGGGCGGCGCGCGAGCGGGGCCGGCAGCGGCCUCGGCCGUUCUCGUCGUCGUCCUCGUCCUCGCGGCGGGCUGGUGGCGGCGCGGACCCCGCGGCGGUGUGCCGGGAGCGGGCGGCGCUGAUCCGGGCCGCGGCGGACAGGCGGUUCGCGCUGGCGGCGGCGCACGCGGCCUACUUCCGCUCGCUCGCCGCCGUCGGGGGCGCGCUCCGGCGGUUCGCGGCCGCCGCGCUCCUCCCGACGCCUCCUCCUCCUCCUCCCUCGCCCGUGCUCACGCUCCCGCGGUCCCCCGCGAAGCCCGCCGCCACGUCGACCCUCCCGCCGUCGCCGACCUCGUCCUCUACCGUGUCGCCGCUCUCCCACUCCCUCUCCGACGACUCCGACUCCGACUCCGACCGCCUCGACCACGCCAGGCGCCACACCCGCCCGCCGCCGGCGGCGGCCGAACCCGCGUCGUCUCCGGCCCCGAGGACGCACCACCAUCACCACUACAUGAGGAACUCCGCCACCGUGCCCAGGGUGGUGUACGAGAACCCCUACGCGCAGUACGUCCAAGGCGAGACCAGCUACGGCUACGGGUACCCGUACGGGCCCGCCGGCGAGGUGGUCGCGGAAGAGAGGCCGCCGCCGCCGCCCUCGCCGCCGGCCGCCGAUGCCUCGCCGUGGGCUUUCUUCGACCCCUUCAUACCCUACGACCAAUUCCUCGAGGAUUACUCGCGCGGCGGCGGGAGUUUGCCCACCGGCAGCCCGAAUUACUCGGAGGUGAGGAGGAUGGAGGGGAUCCCGGAGCUUGAGGACGAGGCGGCAUUGGCGGCGGAGGCAUCGAAGCCGUCGACAUCGGCCGUUGAAGAAGAUCGAAAUGUGAAAGGGAAGAGUCAUGCAGUUCCUGUUCCUACCAAUGCUGGUUCGAAGGGAGAGUCUUCAGAUGGGAAGCUGCAGAGAAAGGGAUCAGGUGCCAAUGGCGAUGGGGAGAAACCGGUGGUGGUGCCCAGGAACGACUCAGUGCCGAGCAAUGCCAGCUGGAAGAGCAAGAAAGGGGGCAAGAGUGAGACGACAAGCUUGAAGGGCGCGGGAGGUGGUGACAUUGAUGGCGGCAGCUCCACCGGGGGGAAGAAGGGUGUGGCAUUCGAUGAUGAUGAUGAUGAUGGGUUGAUCGUCGAUACAGAUGGGAGUGGUGGAAGCCACAACAAGUCAGUGCAGUCAACUGUGGCUACGAGCAGCGAUCCGUCAUCAUCGCCGUUGCACAAUGGGAAUGUCAUGGAGGCGAUGGAGGAGGUCAAAGGGCGGUUCGAUGAGGCGCUCAACUGUGGCGCAGAGGUUUCCCGAAUGCUGGAGGUGGGGAAGAUGCCUCACCGAACGACGCCUAGAGUUCUUAGAUAUUUCUCUUCCAGAGUAGUGGAUCCUUUAUCUCUCACUGUGCCGUCCUCUUAUUGCCUCCCAAAGCGUCACUCAAGAUUACCGAGCAGCAAAGCUGGCACUUCAGCCUCGUCGGUCAAUAGUCGAAGAAACAAUGUUGGAGAUCUCUCGUCGACUCUGGAGAAGCUGUGCGUCUGGGAAAAGAAACUAUAUCAGGAGAUUAAGGAUGAAGAGAAACUGCGGAUUCUAUAUGAAAAGAAGUACAAGAGGUUGAAGUCACUGGAUGAGGGAGGAGCAGAACCAGAUGUAAUUAACUCGACCAGGAUGUCGGUACGGAGCUUGCGAUCAAGGAUUGCCAUUAAUAUCAGAACAGCCAAUGCUUUCUCAUCAAAGAUAGAGAAGAUUCGAGACGAAGAACUAUAUCCUCAACUUGUCAAUCUCAUCCGAGGAUUGCGAAGAAUGUGGAAAGAAGUUCUGGAAUGUCAUGAGAAGCAGAUACUAGCCUUAAAAGGUAGCAGAAUCGACAUGCUCAAGGCACUAACCAUAAGCCAAUCCAGUGCUGCUGCAAUGGCCACACUGGAAUUGGAGAGGGAGCUCACAAAAUGGUACCGCUGCUUCAACAAGUGGAUCAGCUCGCAAAGGUCUUUUGUGGAGGCAUUGAAUGGAUGGCUGAGGAAAUGGUUCCCAGACGUACAAGAAGAGCAAGAUACACCGGACGGUGUCCCACCUUUCUCCCCUGGCAAGCUCGGCGCGCAACCGAUAUUUAUCAUAUCAAACGAUUGGUUCCGGGCGAUCGACGUGGUCCCGAAGAACGACGCGCUGAAGGCAAUUGACCAUUUCUCCAAGCUUGUGCAUGAGCUAAAGAAGAUCCAGGAAGGCGAGCACCGGCAGAAGAGGAGAGCCGACCAUGCCUCCAGAGAUUACAACAGAAGGCGCGAGGUCCUGCAGAGAGAACUUGGGGUGAGCACUAGCGCAGAGAUGGUUGCGGUCAUGGAGAACGCUCCCCCUCGCCAUGACGACCGUGUCACCGAGCUGCAAAAGGCGAGGAAGAUAAGGGAAAACGAGAUGGCCAGGCACGGCGAUGUCGUGAAGCAUGUCCAUCUCGCAGCUGCAGCUACUCUGCCAGUCGGUUUGGUCCCCAUGCUGGAGCAGAUGGCCAGCUUCUUCCAGGGGAAUCUGCAAGUCUAUAAGAGCAUCAGAAUCAAGGGCAAUUGAGCUUGCAGACAGCCUACAGAUUGGAAGGCAGUUUUGAUAUGAGCUAAUGGCAUUGCAGUGUUAGAGCAGGGGUAGUGCUGGAAUUUUUUGUGUAGAAUAUUUGGUUCAAUUUGGGGGGUUUAGGGCUUUAGUUCUUACAAUGCUUGCGUGGUGGUAGAUAGAAUGUUUUAAGUGUUCUAAUGCCUGACUUAGAAGGGUGUUAACUUAUGAUGGUGGUGGUUACUCAUUUGUUCUUCCCAGUAGAAGGGAGUUAACUGGCGAUGGUGGUGGUUACUCAUUUGUUCUGUACAUGACACUUGACUUACUCAAUAGUAGCCCAUUUUAGCAGUG